UGUCCUUUGCCCACCUUGAUACAUGCUCAUUAACAACAUAUUUCUCAACAGUCUAUCUAGCUAAACAGGGGGUGUAUGUCUUGUGUGCGUAUGCCCAUUGAAGAAUGCAAGUGUGGCCCAGUGGAGCUGGUGUUUGUUCUGGACAGCUCUGAAAGUAUCGGCCUGGAGAGCUUCUCCCUCUCCAAGGAAUUCAUUAUCCACACCCUGAACCGCGUCGUUGCGAACGGAAAUGUUAAGCCAGAAAAUGAGGGCUCGCACAUCACUGUGGUGCAAUACAGCCAUGGAAAGAUGCAGGAGCUGGUGAGCUCCAACAAGUCCUCCAUCCAGUCCUUCAACGACCUCAAGCGGGAGAUCAAGAGCCUGCGCUGGAUGGCUGGCGGCACGUUCACGGGCGAGGCGCUGGAGGUCACCCGUCGGCGUCUGAGCGACUCGGCGCUUGCGAGCCGAGCUGCGGUCGUGCUCACGGACGGCAACUCGGACACGCUGCGUGACCCGACGCCACUCAACUCGCUGUGUCAGCUGCCCGGCAUGCGCGUGUCGGCCGUGGGCAUAGGCAGCUUCUUCAAGCACGCGUGGAACGAGGAGGGUCUGAAGGAGCUGUCGUGCGACGCGGACGGCGCUCCUGGUGUGGUGCUCACCACGAGCGACCACGCGGGCCUCGUGGACGACGAUCUGCUCGCCCGUGUGGUCGACUUCGCCUGCCGCGACAAGAAAUGUCCGGACUUCAAGUGUUCUAUUGAAGGUUUCAAGGGGCCAACCGACCUGCUGAUGCUGCUGGACGGAUCAUCACGCGUAGGACCCAAGAACUUCCAGAACACAAAGGUCGCUGCCAAGCACAUCGCUGACCUCUUGCUGUCGUCACGGACUGGCAAUGUGACGCGAGUUUCGGUGGCUCAGUACAGCGGCUCGGGGCCCGAGCAGGUGGACGUCGCAUUCAGUGGGGAGCAGGAGGUGGUGGAGAAUGGCCUCCGUGAGAUCCAAUACUCAGGGGACCCGGCCCCCGUUGACCUGGCUGCCACCAUGAGCUUCGCUCAGAAAUAUCUCAAAGAGACGGUGCGAGACGAGACUCGGCAGCAGGCCCUCGUGUUCACCGACGGCUGCACGGAGGGCGGGGAGGACGGCAAUAAGCGAUUGUCUGAACAGGCGGCUGAGAUGUUGAAAACUGGGAUGUUGAUCUUCGCCGUGGCUGUUGGAGAAGGACUGAGUCAGGAUGGAUUGCUCCGGCUGGUGUCUGGUCAGAAUGAGAGCACGAUCCUGGGCAGCACUAUCCGUACAGAGGACCGCAUAAUCACAGUGUCGGGUUAUGCCACUCUUAAGCUCGAUAUCACAUGUCGCAAGAUAGCCCGCACCAUCAGCACGCAGCAGCCCCGUGUCGGCGGUCAGGAAUAGUAAGUACGACUGUGUAGGUGUUUAUGGUUGCGCUUUAUAUAGUUCUCCAAUGUAUUUUUGGGGUUUUACCCACUUGUUGUUGAGCAUGAUGUGCGACGUUUAACUGCACGCGCUGGUACAACCUGGAAACAGAAUGGAGAGGCAAAAGUAGCGGCCGCACAGUUGUGCUGGACAACUCUUGAGGCGUUUGGUAUUCCUUGUUUAUUCACACGGUGAAGGGUUAUCUAUUCGUUUUAGGAGUUAUUGUUGCUUAUUACAGGCGCCACUUGAGGUUGGCGUUAAAUUUACAGUCAAGGUGAUUCAAGGUAACACUUGGAUGGGCAAUUCACCAUACGCAAGCCGGUCCUAGUCCACUCUAUCAGUAUGGAACCACAAAUUAUCAAUGUAAUUAUGGUGAAUCCAUGUCAUUGGUAUCGAAAUGUCAGCCUUCGGAUUGCUACAUCAAUUCCUAUCAUUCUGGACAUAGGUGGGAACGUUUUUAAUUGGUUGAAGCAAAAUAAGUGGGAUUCUGUGGACAAAUUAGAGGUAUCCACAAUUAUGGGCCAUACACAAUAUAAAGUUAUGAGGGCACCAAGUGGCCAGGCACUUCUUUGGCCACUUUACAGUGUAAAAGUUAUGAAUUAUACAAACAUGUUAAGCUCAUAAUAGAGGUGAAAUUAUAUUCAGGAUAUGGGACGUGAGCUGAUAAAAAUAAAAGUUUCCACCAGGGGGCUCAUACCACACUACACCACGUUCUAAACUGCAUCCAAUCCAGGAAAAAAUGUUACGAACAGCCAACAACAUCAUGUUGACAAGAAUGCACUUGUAUCAACUGCUUUAGCAUUUAAGAUAAUGUAAAUUUAAGAUGCAAUUACGCCCCCUGGUGGAAACAGCGAAGUGCUGAUAAUCAUGCUCGCCAAUUUUCACCUCCACAUUUGUGCCAUGUCCCCACCGACACUGCCAUCUGAUCAAUUAACUUUUUGAUUAAACAAAUUAUUUGGU